UUGUCUACUACUCCAGUAAAAUCGUCAGUGUAGUGUACUGAGUUCAGAAUCUUGACAUGUUUCGUGUGGAAUUUUCUAUUCUGUUUUAGAACCGAUCAGAAUUUUUUCAAAUUAUUGGAGUUCUAUUUAUCUAUCAUGGCUGACGACCCUGAGAAAGAAAGAUUCUUGAAGGAGUUCGGGCAAGAUUAUGGGUAUCCGAAUGCACCCAGUAACGUGGAUGAGAUCCGAGCUACUGAAUUCAAGCGGUUGAAUGAUGUAGUGUACUUGGACCAUGCUGGAGCAACUUUAUAUUCUGAGUCACAAAUUCAAGAUGUCUUCAAGGAUUUAAAUUCUACUCUAUAUGGAAAUCCCCAUAGCCAGAGCAACUGCAGCUUGUCAACCAGUGACAUUGUGGGCGAUGCUCGUCGACAGACCCUUAGCUUCUUUAAUGCAUCUCCUGGAGAGUAUAAAUGUAUAUUUACCUCAGGGGCAACAGCUGCACUGAAACUUGUUGGGGAGACAUUUCCAUGGAGCAGUCAGAGUACUUUUAUGUACACAAUGGAGAACCACAACAGUGUUCUUGGGAUCAGAGAGUACUCUCUCAAGGAAGGAGCUGCAGCUAUUGCAGUAGACAUUGAUGGAAGGCAUGGUGGGAAAUCUGCCGUUAAGAUUAUACCACACACUGUACAGAGGAGAGGUGAAAUUGGAUGCAGGAAAAAGGAGCAAACCAGUGAUACGUACAAUUUAUUUGCGUUUCCAUCAGAAUGCAACUUUUCAGGUCUGAGAUUCGACCUCGGUCUGGUAAAUGUUAUGAAGGAAGAUUCAUAUGAAAUGCCAGGGCCUACUCUGUCUCACAGUGGUCGCUGGAUGGUUCUGAUCGAUGCUGCAAAAGGAAGUGCAACAUCUCCUCCUGAUUUAUCGAAAUACAAGGCAGAUUUUGUUGUGGUCUCAUUCUAUAAGCUAUUUGGCUACCCAACUGGCAUUGGAGCUCUUAUUGCCCGAAAUGGAGCUGCCAAGUUAUUGAAGAAGACCUAUUUCAGUGGAGCUUCAGGCACGGUGGCUGCAUCAAUUGCAGAUGUUGACUUUUACAAAAGAAGAGAUGGGAUUGAGGAAUAUUUCGAGGAUGGCACCUUAGCUUUUGUGAGCAUUGCAUCCCUUCGACAUGGAUUCAGAAUCCUCAAUGCAUUGACAAUGUCUGCUAUUUACAGGCACACAAUGUCACUUGCCCUGUACAUCAGGAAAGCACUCUUGAAUCUGAGACAUGUAAACGGAAGUCGUGUUUGCACGCUUUAUGGCAUAAAUGAUCCUGAGUUAUUAUGCAAUGAAAUGGGUCCUACAGUGUCUUUCAACUUGAAAAGGCCUGAUGGAUCUUGGUUUGGGCAUCGGGAGGUGGAAAAAUUGGCAUCCUUAUCAAAUAUUCAGUUACGGACAGGGUGCUUCUGUAAUCCUGGUGCAUGUGCAAAACAUCUUGGUUUGUCUCAUUCCGAACUUCUUUCUAACAUUGAGGCAGGACAUGUCUGCUGGGAUGAUCGGGAUAUAUUGAAUGGAAAACCAACUGGAUCAGUUAGGGUGUCAUUUGGUUACAUGUCAACAUUUGAGGAUGCCAGGAAGCUUUUGAAGUUCAUCAAGAGUUCAUUUGUAUCAUUGCCUCCUCAACAUUCAAUUUCAGAUUUACUUGGAGAAAAACCUGUUCCUGCCUCGACUGAAGGAGUAGAAAGAGUUACCAGAACAUACUUUCUCAAAUCAAUUACUGUUUAUCCCAUAAAAUCUUGUGCAGGCUUCACUGUGGAAAGCUGGCCUUUAUGUAGUACUGGAUUGCUUCAUGAUAGAGAAUGGCUUCUCAAAAGCUUGAGUGGGGAAAUUUUGACCCAAAAGAAGGUUCCGGAGAUGGGCUUCAUUACUACACUGGUUGAUCUCAAGUUGGGACGACUUAUUGUUGAGUCACUGCGCUGCAAAGAGAAAUUGCAGAUUGAACUUACAUCAGGUCAAUGCAUUGCUGAAAGAGAAGUGAUGGAAAUAUAUUCUCAAAGAUAUGAAGUUCAAGGCUAUGGCAGUGAGGUUGACACUUGGUUCAGCACUGCUGUUGGUCGGCCUUGCACUCUUGUCCGGAGUUAUGCGUUCCAAAAUCACAUGUGCUCAAACAAGAAUCGGAGUAUGGGUCCGUGCAGAGAUCUGGAGGCCCGAUUGAACUUUGUCAAUGAAGCUCAGUUUUUGCUGAUAUCCGAGGAAAGCAUUGCAGAUCUGAACAACAGAUUAAGAUCAAAGUUGCAUAAAGGCUCCAAUGAGCAGCAUAUUGAAGUCGACCCAAGUAGAUUCCGUCCGAACUUGGUUGUAUCUGGUGGCAAACCCUAUGCAGAAGACGGAUGGAGUCGUCUUAAGAUUGGACAGACGAAUUUUACGUCGUUGGGCGGUUGCAACCGUUGCCAGAUGAUCAAUAUGGCUUUCACAGCUGGGACAGUGCAAAGAUCCAAUGAACCGUUAGCUACUCUAGCAUCUUAUAGAAGAUUGAAGGGGAAGAUAUAUUUCGGUGUACUGUUAAAAAUGUGCGAUAGUAUCAAACAGGAAGCAUGGCUUCAUGCGGGGCAGGAAAUAGUUGCGUACGCAGUAUAGCUUCGCAAGAUGCCUACUCUUGUUCUUGGGGGGGCGUCUCGAGGAUUACACAUGGUAUACUACCCAAUAAUUGCCCGUAGUUGUUAUUUAGGUAUUAAUUCACUCGUAUUUAUUAUCUAACAUAUGCUAUUCGGAUUUUAUCCAUUAAACUUUGUGUUUUAACUUUUGUAUAAAAUAUAAUUUCUCAAAAAGAUAAUUUUACACAAUCGGCGUAAAUCCGAGGUAGGAACUGAGAUUGAAGACCUAGUAGGAAAAAAUAAGUGUGAAAAUUAUGUUUUGAUUUUGGAAUAGAUAUUUUUAUCCA